CGCGUGUUCUUACAUGUCGACCGUCAUCUCGACGCCGCCUUCCUCUCCAUUUCGUCUCAUUCAACACUUGUCAUGUCGUCGAAGCACACUUACAAGCCCACAGGGCCUUUUGCUCCUCAAUACAUCCAGGGCGUCUAUGCUCCUUCGGCAAUCUUGAUCGUCGGAGCCGCCCUGGUUAACAAGACCUUGGUGCCUGUUGCUAUUGCCAUUGCCGCUGCUCUGGCUGGUUACCAGUACUUCAACAACCAGGUCAAGAAGGUCCUUGAUCCCACCACUUUCCAGCAAUUCCCCUUGACCGAGAAGACUGUCCUGUCGCACAACACUGCCAUCUACCGCUUUGGUCUCCCCAGCCCCAAUUCUAUCCUUGGUCUGCCCAUUGGCCAGCACAUUUCACUCGCUGCAACUCUGCCCGUCAAGGACCCUAAGACCGACGUCACCUCCAACAAGGAGAUUCUGCGUUCCUACACCCCCAUCACCGAUGACACUACGUCCGGCCACUUCGAUGUUCUCGUCAAGAGCUACCCCACUGGCAACAUCAGCAGACACCUCGCUGAGAUGAAGAUUGGUGACACCAUCAAGGUCAAGGGUCCCAAGGGUGCCAUGGCCUACCAGCCCAACAUGGUCAGCCGUUUCGCCAUGAUCGCUGGUGGUACAGGUAUUACCCCCAUGUACCAGAUUUCCAAGGCUAUUCUCCGUGGUCGUGCCUCUGGCGACAGAACCCAGGUUGACCUGAUCUUCGCCAACGUCAACCCCGAGGACAUCCUUAUGAAGGACGAACUUGACAGCAUGGCCCGUGAGGACAGUGGCUUCAGAGUCCACUACGUUCUCAACAAUCCUCCUUCUGGCUGGACUGGUGGUGUUGGCUUCGUCACUCCUGAGAUGAUCAAGGAAAAUUGCCCCGCUCCUUCGCCCGACAUGAAGAUGCUCAUCUGCGGUCCUCCUCCCAUGGUUUCUGCCAUGAAGAAGGCUGCCGAGAGUCUUGGCUACCAAAAGGCCAGACCCGUCAGCAAGCUCGAGGACCAGGUCUUCUGUUUCUAAGCGAGUCAUUCGAUGUAUAUCAAAACUGCGCUUGUGAACAUGGACGUCUGUAAAAAGACAGCCAAAAAGAAAAAGUGUGUACAACUUGUCAUGACCUUAACGAGGUGCAUUGACGGAGGUGUUUCCGAGACGAAUUUAUGUUGGUCUAUUGUGUAAAUUGUAUGCACACUAUCUGUAUUGCAUCUUCUGACCGCCUCUCUUCUCCAUUUUUUGUUGACGCUUGCUUUGCGCACCGCUGGAAGCACCCUCGGCAGGCAUAGCGCCACCGCCGCCCAUGAGUCCUUGACGAGCGCCGGUGAAGGUCGUGUAUGCCAACCAGGCUGAAUAGAGAGGAAUGACGGCCUACAAGGCAGAUCAGCAAAGGGAAGAAUACGGGGAGAGUACAGAAAGUGACUUACGAAAAACCACCAUGCCCAGUCGCCCAACAGAGUGGUCAGGACAAUACAUCCCC